UUCCCACUAGAUAACACAGCCACAACGAACUUGUUUGCUAACGUAAAAAUGUAUGUAAACAAACAUGUACUUUUGGGGAUUCAUUUAAGGUUAGGGUUAUGCAUGUUUAAGCAUUGUGGUUAAGGUUAGCGUUAUGUUUAAAAUUAAGAUAGCAUUGUUUUUUAAAUGGGCGGGGUUUAUAACUUUGUUACUGUGUUAACUAGUGACGACUUUUUGUUUGUCACAACCUACGCAGAUGUCAAAGCUUAAGUCUUCUUAUAAAAACCGCGUUGAUGAGCCAAUCCAUAUGCUAGUAUGUUUUAUUAAACGGUGAACAUACUGUCUAGUUUAGGGGAGCGCGAAAACACUGAUGUCAAAGUCUCUCAGAAAGCUCGAGUACAUGAAAAAUUCAAAUAGUGUCUAGCUUUGUCUCACUUAGUUACAUUGAGUCACAGAGUAUUGCAGUUCACCGGAUUGCCAGACAACACGAAUGCACCAAGGACCCAAAAGAUGGAAGAGAAAGCAUUAGAAGUAUACGAUGUCAUACGCACUAUUCGAGACCCAGAGAAACCUAACACGUUGGAGGAAUUGGAUGUCGUGUCAGAAGAAUGUGUUGAAGUCCAAGAGCUUGGAGAGGACGAGUAUCUCAUAAUUAUCAAGUUCUCCCCAACUGUCCCACACUGCUCUCUGGCAACACUAAUCGGCCUGUGCUUACAAGUUAAACUGCAAAGAUGCUUGCCGUUUAAACACAAGUUGGACAUUUUCAUUUCUGAGGGAACCCAUUCUACCGAGGAAGAUAUUAACAAACAGAUCAACGACAAGGAGAGAGUAGCAGCUGCUAUGGAGAACCCAAACCUGCGGGACAUUGUGGAGCAGUGCGUUACUGAACCUGAUGACUGAGCCAAUGGACUGACAUCUCAGUUACUUUAGACCAAGGUAUUCAAUAGGCACCAAAUGGAAGAAAAUGGACUGAAACAGGGGGGGUACUAGCUGAAGUUGUCCAUUUAGAAAUGCUAGUUUUUGCUUUCCGUUGUAAAACAUUUUGCUACUGUGUACCCUAAUGAAUGCGACCCAGCCAUCAACUCAAAAUCGUAGCCAUCAUGGAAUGUGUGUGUUUUUUUUAUACAAGUGCCUGGAGGAUCUGUCGGAGAUUACCUGAUCGGAACUGUUCACAUUUCUUAAAUCCUUUUGUGAAUAACCACCAUGGUAAAAAAAAAAGUCCAAAUCCGUAACAGAAUUCCAACUUCAAGUUUAUUGUCAUCAUGAAAGAAUCACUAAGGGAUAAGAUGAAGAGUUGCAGGAAAAUGUGAGAACUUCCCAGUUAGUUUUUAGACUUCUGAGCAAUGUCCCUCGAACAAUCGCCACAGAAUGGACAGCAGUGUAUAUGGCUUUGUCUUGUUUCAUCUUUUUCUAACAUGCUUGAAAUGGGAAAUAAAAAGUAUUCCUAAAAAAGCUGA